AGAGCAGGAGAAAGUUUCGGUUUUUUCUUUGUUUUUUUGGUUUUUACACCGUUUCCGGCGACGGCGGCGGGCGCACGGCCGGAGCGGUGGAGCGAUGGAUGUGGAGGGUGGUGGUGAUGGUGCGCCGCCCAGGCGGUGGAGUUCUUGGGGAUGGCAGAAAGGAACACUUCUACUGGCAUACCAGAGCUUUGGAGUUGUGUAUGGUGAUCUCUGCAUCUCACCUGUGUACGUGUACAAGAACACCUUCUCUGGAAAGUUGCGUCUUCAUGAGGAGGAUGAGGAGAUCCUUGGGGUUCUAUCUCUGGUCUUCUGGAGCCUUACUCUUAUACCUCUCUUCAAGUACAUCAUCCUUGUUCUAGGAGCAGAUGACAAUGGAGAAGGUGGAACAUUUGCUUUGUACUCAUUGUUGUGUAGGAACUCCAAGAUGGGCCUUCUGAACAACAUGCAUGCUAACCAUGGUUCUCUAUCAGCAUACAACAAGGAGGAACCUUGUAAGGAAUCGAGGAACAGCAUGCUCAUCAAGAAUUUCUUUGAGAAGCAUUAUUCGCUACGCGUUAUGCUGUUGCUGUUUGUUCUGAUGGGUACUAGCAUGGUUAUUGGAGAUGGCGUCUUGACCCCAACAAUGUCAGUGUUGGCAGCAGUUUCUGGGCUCAGAAUUAAGUUUCCAGAACUACAUGAAAAUUACACUGUGCUCCUUGCUUGUGUCGUUUUAAUUGGGCUUUUUGCAUUGCAACACUAUGGAACACGCCGUGUCGGAUUCCUAUUUGCUCCAAUCUUGCUUUCCUGGCUCACUUGCAUUGGUGGGAUUGGCAUAUAUAACAUCAUAAAGUGGAACCCUAGUGUCAUCCGUGCUCUGUCCCCGUAUUACAUAUACAACUUCUUCAGGAAGGCUGGCAAGGAUGGCUGGAGCUCACUAGGAGGGAUUGUUCUUUGCCUGACAGGUGCUGAAGCAAUGUUUGCUGACCUAGGUCAUUUCUCAAAGCUUUCACUGAGGCUUGGAUUCACAAUUGUUGUAUAUCCUUGCUUGGUUCUGGCUUACAUGGGUGAGGCUGCCUAUCUGUCCAAACAUAGGGAGGAUCUCCAAAGUAGCUUUUACAAAGCUCUUCCAGACCGUGUGUUCUGGCCAGUGCUGUUCAUUGCAACGUUGGCCACAGCCGUUGGGAGCCAGGCGAUCAUCUCGGCUACAUUUUCCAUCAUAAGCCAGUGUAGAGCUCUGGGUUGUUUCCCGCGCAUAAAGGUGGUGCACACGUCGAGCCAUGUCCAUGGGCAGAUCUACAUCCCGGAGGUGAACUGGGUGCUCAUGUGCCUCUGCCUGGCCGUCACUAUUGGAUUCCGGGACACCGAGAUGAUUGGGAAUGCCUACGGACUCGCCGUGAUAUUGGUGAUGUCUGCAACGACAUGCCUCAUGUUCCUGGUGAUCACGACGGUGUGGAACCGGUCAGUGGUGUGGGCGGCGUUCUUCACCGUCGGCUUCGGCUCCAUGGAGCUCCUCUACCUGUCGGCGUGCCUCGCCAAGGUCCCCCAUGGCGGGUGGCUGCCGCUCCUCCUGUCCCUCGUCACGCUGCUGGUGAUGUCCACGUGGCACUACGGCACGGCCAAGAAGCAGCAGUACGAGGUGCAGAACAAGGUCUGCCUGGACCACUUCCUCGGCCUCAGCUCCGGCAUCGGCCUCGUCCGCGUCCCCGGCGUCGGCUUCGUCUACUCCAGCACCACCAACGGCGUGCCCCCCAUGUUCGCGCACUUCGUCACCAACUUCCCGGCGUUCCACCGGGUGCUCAUCUUCGUCUCGCUGCAGACGCUCACCGUGCCCAAGGUCUCGCGGGAGGAGCGGUUCUUGGUCGGGAGGAUCGGCCCGCCGGCGAACCGGCUGUUCCGGUGCAUCGUGCGCUACGGGUACAAGGAGGGCAGGUGGGACCACUUCAACUUCGAGAACCAGCUGCUGAUGAAGGUCGUCGAGUUCCUCCGCCACCAGGGCGGCUCCGGCCGCUCCACCUCCGGCGAGAACGAGAUGUCGGUCAUCCCGGCGUCGUCGUCCUCCGCCGGCAGCCUGCAGCACGCCGCCGCCACGCCGAGCUCGUGCGAGAUCGACGCCGGCAGCGGCAGCGGCGGCGCCUUCUGCAGGAGGAAGGUACGGUUCGACGACGGCGAGGAGGAGGAGGAGGAUCCUGGCCCGCCGGAGUGGGGGAAGGCGGAGGUGAAGGAGCUGAUGCAGGAGAAGGAGGCCGGCGUGUCGUACAUGAUCGGGCACACGUGCGUGUUCGCGCACGAGUCGUCGUCGGCGGUCAAGAAGUUCGCCAUCAACGUGGUGUACGGCUUCCUCCGGCGGAACUCGCGGCGGCCGGCGGUGGUGCUCGGCAUCCCCCACACCUCCCUCAUCGAGGUCGGCAUGGCGUACAGGGUAUAGUAGUAUAGUACUCCAUCCAUGCAUCCAUCCAUCGCUGAAGAGAGCGUAGUACAUAAUGUAGUUCAUAGACUCGAUUAGCUUUCACUGUGUGUUCUAACUGGAUGAUUGACAGAUUAUGCACAGAGAAAAAUUACUUAUGUGGAUGAAUUAAAUACUAUAUUGAGCUAGCAAACUUAGAAAGAUGUUAUAUAAGAAUGCUGAUGCAACUUUUUUCUUAAUAUAAUCGUACUUGAAGAGUUUUUUUUUUUUUUUGAAGAGUUGAAGUGUGGUAGAAUAAACCAUACCUCAUUUGGCUGUUUACAACAUGUACGUAGAAAAGAACAGUACACCCAAGUAUGUAAUUCCCCCAUGUAUUUAAGACCGGUUUUGCUAAAAAAAAAAUCC